AGAGAGAGAGAGAGAGAGAGAGAGCACAGUGACACAUGCAGAUGAGGAGCAGUCAGUGAAGUGAGAGUUAGCAUUCUGAAGACUCACAAACUCAGACACACCACUGCACAGAGAUAACAAGCAGCAGCAUGGCUCACUCUCAGGUUCAGGAGGUCAGUGCUGGCCUGGAAUCAGAGCUGCUCAAUGAAGAACCACUCCACAGCAACAGCACCCCACUGGAAGAUGGGCUGAAAGAAGGGAAGGGGAAAGCCAAGAUGCAUAGCGAGACUCCUGCUAAGGGACAAAAGACGCAGGACCAGGGGGUUUGUUCACACUCAGGAGAGGCUAAGACUGCUGACAGAAAUGCUGGGGAGAGACAGAUAGCACUGCUGGAGGACAAGGAAGCUGUGAAGGGAGAAGAGAGGACGUCUGCAGAGGGGAGCGGGACUCCUAAUGGGAACCAGAGAGCUGGAGAGGAAGAGGAGGCUAAGGGGGGACAGGGAGAAGUGGAAGCAAGGGGAGAGGGGGCAGCGACAAGCGCAGGAGGCAAACAAGAGAUAGAAGGAGAGAAAACGGACCAAGAGGAGGCUGGGGAGAAACAAGGAAGGCAGGAAGAGGCUGUGAAAGAAGAGAUGGAAAAGGAAAAGAAGAGUGGAGAACUGGGUGAGGAGGAGAGCAGCAGCAGCAGUGAUGAGGACUCCAGCAGUGAGGAUGAGAGUCAGGAUAAGCAGGCUGGGGGCACACCAGGGGAGAACCAGGAGGCCGUGCAGGAGAACGGGCUGCCCAAGGAGGCCAAGGAGCCGGCCCCAGGAGCUCAGGAGGAAGAAGAACAAGGAGGAGGAGCCCCCACAACAGAAAAGAGCCCAAGUGAAGACCAUGCCCAGGGAGCAACCAGGAGUUGGGAGAGCGUUGCUGAGCCUCAGGAAUACGACAUCUCCCUUUACGUCAAGGCCGGCAGUGAUGGGGAGAGCAUUGGGAACUGCCCCUUCUGCCAGCGCCUCUUUAUGAUCCUUUGGCUUAAAGGAGUCAUAUUCAACGUCACCACUGUGGAUCUGAAAAGAAAACCAGCAGACCUGCAGGACUUGGCCCCGGGAACGAACCCUCCAUUCAUGACGUUUAACGGGGAGGUGAAAACAGACGUGAACAAGAUAGAGGAGUUCCUGGAGGACAAGUUGGUGCCUCCCAGGUAUCCGAAGUUGGCUGCCAACCACCCAGACUCCAACUCUGCAGGGAAUGAUGUCUUUGCCAAGUUCUCUGCAUACAUUAAAAACACUAGGAAGGAUUUCAAUGACAACCUGGAGAAGGCUCUGCUGAAGGCCCUGGGGAGGCUGGAUGAAUACCUGACCACUCCGCUCCCUGAUGAGAUCGACGCUGACAGCAUGGAUGAGCUCCCCUCCUCCAGCAGGAAGUACCUGGAUGGGGAUGAGCUCACCCUGGCCGACUGCAACCUGCUCCCCAAACUGCACAUCAUCAAGGUGGUAGCCAGGAAAUAUCGCAAUUUUGAGAUCCCAGUGGAGAUGACAGCAGUCUGGAGAUACCUUAAUAACGCCUACAGCCGAGACGAGUUCACCAACACGUGCCCGGCGGACCGUGAGAUUGAGAUCGCUUACCUGGACGUGGCGAAGAGGAUUCAAUAAAAAAACAUUCUGUGAAAGCUGUGACAAUCACAGCUCCUACGGACAGCAGUUCACACACAAGAUUCCCCUUAUAAAGAAAGACUGAUGUUGAUUAUAAUCUAGGAUUCUGCAUGUACUAAAGCGUGAGUAAUGGGCAGCAGUGUGUCCCUGCCCAGCUCAGUGAUGUGCAGAGGAGCAUUGCGCUCUGACUGGGUUCAUGUUGCUGGGGGGGAUUGGAAUUCAAUGACUGCCAUUGGUGCUCCCAUGUCAAUACAUGUCAAUUAACUGCAGUGAAUAGUUAGGCUGUAGUUUAACUGUAACCGCAGUUAAGCUGCACUGGAAUCACAUGGUGGGUGGAUUUAAAGCGUGUCUGUACUUUAUUGUUUCACAUCAAUGAAUGGAACUGUUGUUGCAAUCUGCAUUUACAGUGCGAGAAGACUGAAGUCCAUUUCUUUAGUUUUUUGAAAGGGAACAAUCUAGUUCACCUUCAAACUGGGGCUUCAAAGUAUUUAAGUUUAAGAGAUUUGCAUCAUAUUUUCAGCACUCAUUGGGAAACCCUAGGCCCAAACAUGAAUCGCAAAUUCAUAACAAAUAUCGCCUUAUCA